GCUCGACUCAGUAUGAGAAAACUACCUGGUGCUCGGCUCCUUCCAGUGUUGUCAACCGCAAAGCGGACGAAAUGAUUUGCUUCAAUCGUCUUAUCACACUAAACGUACAUAUAGUUUCGUCAGACUCGUGUGAGAUGCCGUAUAGUCAUUUUUUUACUCUCCGCGGCAGCUCAUUAAAAGUUGAGUGAAUUCCGUUUACAGAGUGAAGGGGAGAUGUCUAGUAGUACCCAGCUGAGCAUCCAGCAUUGGACCACCAAGCACGUAGCCAAGUGGCUGAAGGACGAGGGCUUCUGCCACUAUGUAGACCUGCUGUGCAACAAGCACCGUCUGGAUGGCAUGUCUUUACUCACCCUGAGUGAAUACGACCUCCGCUCUCCUCCACUGGAACUCAAGGUGCUGGGGGACAUCAAGAGGCUGAUGGUGUCCCUCCGCAAGCUGCAGAAACACAACCUGGACAUCCUGGAGGAGUUGGGGGUCCCGUUCGACGGACACUCGCCUCAGGGUGGGGACUGGCACUGCAACGGAGACUCCAGUAGAGAGUGUGAUAACUCGAACACAGACACGGCACCGGUUGGAGAGCAGUAUCUUCAGUAUAGGAAUGGGAAGUACAAGCACGGAGGGAGCGGGAGGCUGGACCCUGAGUACUGGAAGACGGCGCUUAGUGCCGUCUAUGUGGUGUUUGUGUUCGGAUUUACCUCUUUCGUUAUGGUGAUUGUGCACGAGAGGGUGCCGGACAUGCGCACUUACCCGCCCUUGCCAGACAUUUUCUUAGACAGUGUACCUAGAAUACCAUGGGCCUUUACCAUGGCAGAGGCCUGUGGAGUCAUCCUGUGUAAUAUCUGGCUGCUCGUUCUGCUGCUGCACAAACACAGGUCCAUUCUACUGCGGCGGCUGUGCAGCCUCAUGGGGACCGUGUUCAUGCUGCGUUGCGUCACCAUGUUUGUGACCUCCCUGUCGGUGCCAGGGCAGCACCUGCAGUGCUCAGGAAAGGUGUAUGGUGACAUGUGGGCCAAACUGCAUCGAGCUCUGGUCAUAUGGAGUGGAUUUGGAAUGUCCCUCACAGGGGUCCAUACGUGUGGGGACUACAUGUUCAGCGGUCACACGGUGGUCAUCACCAUGCUCAACUUCUUUGUGACAGAAUACACCCCGCGUGGCUGGAACUUCAUCCACACCUUGUCCUGGGUCCUGAACUUGUUUGGCAUCUUCUUUAUCCUGGCGGCCCAUGAACACUAUUCCAUCGACGUCUUCAUCGCCUUCUACAUCACAACCAGGCUUUUCCUGUACUACCACACGCUGGCUAACACAAGGGCCUACCAGCAGAGUCGCAGGGCCCGCAUCUGGUUCCCCAUGUUCUCCUUCUUCGAAUGCAACGUCAACGGCCCCGUGCCCAACGAGUACGGCUGGCCCUUCUCUAAACCCGCCAUGAUCCGGAGCAUGAUUGGGUACUAGGUGGUAGCGUACACUGGUCCGCGAUGCAGCCACGACGACGUUGAUCUCUUCUAACGCUGUUCACUCUGAGCCCCGUCGUGCUAUGUUGCUGCUGUGCUGCCUUCAAGGAGUUGCCAACUGUGGUCGUGUGAUAUUGACUUUAUAUUCCAAUAGCUGCAGAGACUGUAAACUGAGAUGGCUGGUAGGAUCCUAUCGGUGCCACAGUGAGACAGGGUACGGGGAGGUUUGAUUACUCCCAUUCUGUGACUUAGUGGUUGGCUGGCGUUUGUCCCAAAGGCAGCCUGUUGAAAGGGAUUAAACUAACUAUGUGUCCAAAAUGACACCCUACUCAUUUUAUAGUGCACUACUUUAGACCAGAGCUCUAUGGCCUCUCGUCAAAAAUAAUGCACUACAUGGGGAAUAGGGUGCCAUUUUGGUUAAAUGCUAAAGACUAAUCCUCUCCACUUCCUCUCAUUUGAAAAGGGAUUGAGAUUUUUGAAGAUAUUUCCCCGCACCUUUUGCCAUGAUCAAUAACCAGGUUACAGAUAUGAUGUAAGUGCUUUAGUCAACUCCUCGUCUCUUGUUAUGCCUUACUGUUUAUGGCAUGACGGCGAACUCGACAGAGGAGUUGGCUACAGCACAAACUGACCUGCUACUGCCAGGCUAGCAUUUCCACGCUUUUAACGGCUCUUAACUUGCAGUCUGAGUGAAUGUCGAAUGUAAUAGCAAGCUAGAGGUUUGGUGGGAGAAACAUGAAAGCAGUUCUCAGGCAGCCUAUUGUAACCAAAAAAAAAAGUUUAUUUUUUAAGUCCAAUAGAAUUUGUUAAUCUAAAGUUCAACAGUAUUAUAGUAAAAAAAAAAAAAAAGAAAAGCUUGUGUUCAUUUAGAUAUCCUGAUAUAUUAUUGUGGGAUUCAUCUGGACUUUGGCUCUAAUACAGUUCUGGCCUACUUUUUUUUUUUUGAAGCAAUUUUCAAAAUGUCACAGAUACUGUUCCUGAAUUUCUGUGUAACAAUAUCUAAGUUCCAGAUGUUGCGACAGGUAUUGUUACUUGUUUAUCUUUAUUACUUUAGGUAGUGUGAAAAGCUUCUGCAUUCCUUCAGACAAUACUGUGGGGUUUGGCUGUACUACUGUAUUAUUGAAUUCGUCAUGUUGACAUGAACUUACACUACAUGACCAAAAGUAUGUGGACACCUACUUGUCGAAAAUCUCAUUCCAAAAUCAUGGGUGUUAAUAUGGAGUUGGUCCCCGCCCCUUUGCUGCUAUAACAGCCUCUAUUCUAGUAAGGCUUUCCGUUAGAUGUAGGAACAUUGUUGCUGGGACUUACUUCCAUUCAGCCACAAGCAUUAGAGGUCGGGCAUUGAUAUUAAGCCGGGCUCGCCAUUGGUGUUUCAAUUCAUCCCAAAGCUGCUCGAUGGGGUUGAGGUCAGGGCUCUGUGUAGGCCAGUCGAGAUCUUCCACACCGAUCUCGACAAACCAUUUCUAUAUGGACGUCACUUUGUGGACGGGGGGGGGGGCAGUGUCAUGCGGAAACAGGAAAGGGCCUUCCACAAACUGUUGCCACAAAGUUGGAAGAACAGAAUUGUGUCGUAUGUCAUUGUAUGCUGUAACGUUAAGAUUUCCCUUCACUGGAACUAAGAGGCCUAGCCCGAACCAUCAAACAGCCCCAGACCUCGGUAGUGAGUGUUGCAACCGAGGACAGACUUUUUUUUUUUUGUAUGUGCUUCAGCACUCGGCGGUCCUGUUCUGUGAGCGUGUGUUGCCUACCACUUUGCGGCUGAGCCGUUGUUGCUCCUAGAUGUUUCCACUUCACAAUAACCACUUACAGUUCACCAGGGCAGCUCUAGCAGGACAGAAAUAUAAUGAACUGGCUUGUUGGGAAGGUGGCAUCUGAGCUCAUCAAUAAGGCCAGUCCACUGCCAAUGUUUGACUAUGGAGUUUGCAUAGCUGUGUUCGAUUACAUUUUUUUAUACACCUGUCAGCAACGAGUGUGGCUGAAAUGGCCGACUCUACUAAAUUGAAGAGGUGUUCACAUACGUGUGUAUAAUGUAUUUGGUUUCCUUUUAUAAUAUUUGUAUUGUUCAGUUCUUAACUUUUUCCGAACUACACCUUGCCGUAAACGGGGCUGUUACCAAGGAGAUCGCAAAAAGCAGCCAAAACUAUGGAAUGGAAAAUGGUGAACAAUUGUUUUUAAAUAUCAUUCCAUUUGCCAAUAACUUUAGGUGUUAUAGUAACAUUGUCUUUUUAUAAUAAAUGCAUAUCUCAGAUGUUGCGUACUUGCUUGUAAUUUAGUAAAUGUCUAUGCUUUGCGAUAACAUACAAGGAUGUAAAUCCUUAUAAAAUAAUAGUUUUACUUCUUCCACAGAUCCCUUGGUCUGUCUUAAUUUAUUUAAUUUUGUAUAUGUCAAUAGAAUUUGUUUUUAUUAAAUAUUUGAUAUACAUAAAAGGAUAUUGCAAUAAACACUUGAACAGGAAUCUGUUUACAGUCGUGAGGAAAUAUAUUUGUUUAAAACACCGUGUGCUUUUAUGUAAAGGGUUGAUUUUCAGAAUCACCCUCUCACCCAAAUCAUUAAAACAAAUUGGAACCAACACAAACCCCCACCCCACACAGUCACUCAAAUCCGAUCUGAAACGACCAUUAAUGGUAUUGGUUACAACCCACUUUUGUAAGACAAUUAGGUAUUACUUUACUGGGCAAAGAUGUCAGUUCAACAUCUAAUUUUUAAAUAUAUAAUACAUUUGAUUAAAUUCAUGCAAGUUGACAACUCAAUGUAAAAAAAAAUAUAUAUAUAGAUAUAUAGAUUUGAACCAUGCCAUUGGAUAUAAGUGAAAAAAGGACACAUUUUCCAAAUGUUUUUUUUUUUUUGAGAAUCGAAUCAGUUUUCCACCUUGCUUCAUCAUCAUCACAUUUGUUUCAACGUCAGAUUUUUUUAAACAUUUUUUGUAAGUUUAUGUUUAUUCAACCGGUUUGUGUCCAGUGGGUUAAGUCUCAUCUCCAUCCCAUGUUUUUAUUUGGAAUUUCAGCUGUGGAAUAGUUACUAGAUCCCUUACAUGCUAUGAGUCUUUCUAUCCCCCCCCCCCUCCCCUAAUAAAGUGAUGCAUUGAACUCCUGGCUUGACUAAUGCCAGCUUGUCCUAACUGCAAAACUAUUAAUUUGCUGCUAAGAUGUUUUUUUUUUAGAGAGAGAUAUGUACAGGAGAAUUGUGGCUUUUCUCUUAUGUAUUUGUUCUUGUCACUUUUAACCCCCUAUAAAAAAUUGUUUCUAACCCUUAUCACUGGUGUGGUUAUAAUGGUAUGUUCCAUACCUCCAAGAUGCAGUAAUUAGCUACCAUUUUGUAAUGGAAAUGUAGCAAUCACACAGUGUGGUUGUAUUGGGUAAAUGGAUUAAUGUCUUUGCAUCAUUAAACGGUUGACAUCAA